AUGUUCCCGGCCGCUGUCCCUAGUGUGUUUUACAGCCUCCUGCAAGAGCUUCCUCCAGCUGUGAGAAGAAGCCAAGAGGACCGUGACCACUGUGACCUCCAACCACUAGACAUGCUGUCAGAAAUGAUUUCUCCAAACAAAUCCUUGACUGGGUUGAAGAUGGUUCAAUCUCAAGGAGUCCGUGGGUUUCAUCUUUCAGGAUCACGCCAUGUAUUGAGUUUUCCAUCAUCCCGUCUAUUCCACAACUGUAAUCUCUUUCCAGAGGAGUUUUCUAUAGUUAUUACAGUGAAGAUCCCCAGUCUUCCACCCAAGAAAAAUGAAUACUUGUUCACUAUGAUCACUGAAGAAAGCAGACGUGUUCUUCUUGGAUUGAGGUACUCUGAAAGUAAGCUACAUUUCCUGUUCUGGAAUACAGAACAUCCUGAUAAAUGGCAGACCAAAGUUACUUUUCGAAGCAUCUCAUUGUCUGAUGAUCGAUGGCACACAUUGGUUUUAGCUGUGUCUGGAACUUCUAUCACCCUUACUGUAGACUGCAAUAUACCAACAGAAAUUGUUCUUGGCAAACCAUUUCCAGCAUCAUUAAGCACCACCAAAUCAUGGAUCUAUGUUGGAAACAGAAGGCGACGAAAAGGAUUUUUCUCUGGCUUGUUAAGACAGCUUGUCCUUCUGCCAGGAUCUGAUGCAACAUCUACAAUAUGCCCUAAUGCCAAACCAAGGCUCGCAGAGCUGUCCAUCCCUGGAGUGCUGAAAGAGCUGCCACUUAAGACCGAUGAUGACAACGGACUUCAGCUGAUGUACCCUUAUGAAGCUGACAUGAAAGUAACAUUAGGUCCCCAACCUCCAUGUUCUAGCAAUGAAAUAUCCCAAUUCUGGAUGGAUACAUCACUGAAAGGUCUCUUCCUAUGUAAUGGUAUCAAGUGGAUCCCAGUGCUUGAAAGGAAAGAGAAGUUGGAUUAUGUAGAGGAGUAUCAGAAACUGGCCACUGCUUCAGAAACCAUGGGACUGGAAAUUUUCCAUAUCCAGGAUGUGGGGUAUUUUGCUGUGAUGGCCAACAGGAACAAUCAGCCUGGCUCAGCUCUCUAUAGGUGGCGUGAUGGAAGAUUUAUUAUUCAUCAAUACUUCCUUACCUAUCAAGCACAAGCCUGGAAGCACUUCACUAUAGAAAAAAGGAUAUUCUUAGCCUUGGCUAACUUUGAGAAGAAUGAAUAUGGGGAGGAGCUGUCAGUUAUUUACAAAUGGAAUCCAAAGAAAAUGAAGUUCUUUCCGUAUCAGAGUACACAAACGUACAGUGCCCGUGACUGGGAAGCCUUCCACAUAGAUGGAGAGACCUUUCUGGCUGUCGCAAACCACAGAGAAGGUAACAACCACAACAUCAACAGUGUUAUUUACAAGUGGAACUCAAGCAAUGGGUUAUUUGAGAUCAACCAAACCAUUCCUACCUCAGGUGCCUACGACUGGGAGUUCUUUAGCAUUGGACCCUAUUCUUUUCUGGUUGUAGCAAACACAUUUAAUGGAACGUCAACCAAUGUCCAGUCCCACAUCUACAUUUGGCUGGGAAGCGCAUUCCGGUCCUUUCAGUCUAUAAUGACAUUUGGAGCUUCAGAUUGGGAGUUUUUUAGAAUUCAAGAUCGCUUCUUCCUGGCUGUAGCCAACAGCCACAAUUACACUGUAGGAAUAAAGACACAAAAACCAGAGGAAUAUGCCAUUAAUUCUGUCAUAUACGAGCUGAAUAUCACCGCACAGCAGUUUGUAAAGUUCCAGGAUGUUCUUACCUACAGUGCCGUGGACUGGGAAUUCUUUACAGUUGGAGAGGACUAUUUUCUGGUUGUGGCAAAUUCUUAUGAUGGCAAUUCAUUUUCUGUAAACAGUGUUAUAUACAGGUGGCAGGGCUAUGAGGGUUUUGUGGCUGUCCAUUACUUACCUACGUACGGCUGUCGGGACUGGGAAGCAUUUAAAACUGGCAAUGGCUCCUACAUCAUGUACUCCAGUGCCAAGGAGCCUACAUCAAGAGUGCUAAAACUGAAGACACUCUGA